ACCGUAGAUUUUGUCGCCAUUCGUUCGUCAUCUUUUCGGGCACGAGAAAGUUUGCCCUCGUCGACGACCAUGCACAUGGCCGCCUCAAUGAUUUCCCGCCACGUGGCGGUCAUCGGCGCCGGAGCCGCCGGCCUCGUCGCCGCCCGCGAGCUCCGCCGCGAGGGCCACAGGGUCGCCGUCUUCGAGCGGGAGCCCCGCGCCGGCGGCACCUGGGUCUACACGCGCGCCACCGAGCCGGACCCGCUCGGGAUCGACCCGUCCCGGCCCGUGGUCCAGUCGAGCCUCUACAAGUCCCUGCGCACCAACCUGCCCCGCGAGGUGAUGGGGUUCGGGGACUACCCGUUCCUGCCGAGGGCGGACGGGUCGGGCGACCCGAGGAGGUACCCGGGUCACGAGGAGGUGCUGGCGUACCUGGAGGAUUUCGCGAGGGAGUUCGGGCUUGAAGAAAUGGUGAGGUUCGGGGAGGAGAUUGUGGGGGUCGGGAUGGCGGAGGAGGGUGGAAAGUGGAAGGUGACGUGCAGGAUGAGCAACGGCGGCGGCGGCGGAGGCGGCGGAGGCGGCGGCGGAGAAGAGGAAGUUUUUGAUGCGGUGGUUGUUUGUAACGGGCACUACACGGAGCCCCGAAUCGCCGAAAUCCCCGGCAUUGAUCUGUGGCCAGGGAAGCAAAUGCACAGCCACAACUAUCGUACACCCGAGCCAUUUCAGGAUCUAGUUGUUGUUCUGAUAGGGAGUGCUGCAAGUGCCGUGGACAUCUCUCGGGACAUUGCCCAGGUUGCCAAAGAAGUUCAUGUGACAUCUAGAUCAUAUGAAGUCGAAACUCUUGGAAUGCAAUCUGGCUAUGAUAAUUUGUGGCUUCAUCCCAUGAUCGACAAGGCCCAUGAAGAUGGUAAAGUCACUUUCCUCGACGGGAGUUCCAUAGGCGCCGAUAUCAUUCUACAUUGCACCGGGUACAAAUAUCAUUUCCCUUUUCUUGAAACCAAUGGAAUUGUGUCCGUAGAUGACAAUCGUGUCGCACCAUUAUACAAGCACGUAUUCCCACCACAUUUGGCGCCUUGGCUAUCAUUUGUAGGAUUGCCAUGGAAGGUUUGUACCAAGCACCGAUCAUCCUCGAUUCCUGUAGUGGGUUUUUCCCGGCUCUUUUUCUUAAUCUUUGUAAAUUAUUCUCUUGACAUGAUUUUCCAGGUUGUACCAUUUCCCCAGUUCGAGUAUCAGAGCAAGUGGAUAGCCGGUGCUCUGUCCGGUAGAGUCGCUCUUCCAUCAGAGGAGGAGAUGAUGGAAGAUGUAAAAGAUUUGUACUCCAAACUUGAAGCUUUGGGCGUACCAAAGCGAUAUACUCAUAAUUUAGGCAACUCUCAGUUUGAGUACAACGAUUGGCUAGCGGCACAGAGCGGAUCUCAGCCGUCUGAAGAAUGGAGGAAGAAAAUGUAUUCGGAGAGUUCUAUGAAGAGACGUGCCCGACCCGAGGCGUACCGUGAUGAGGAGGUAGACGAGACAUUGAUUUCACAAGCGCACGAGGACUUCGCCAAACUCCCUUCGCAUCGAUAAUGUUGUAGCCGUGUUCCCUAAUAAAUAAGGUGGUCCAAAGGAGACCCUUCAUCAUGGAUCUCAGUAUUCAUUUAUUUGUCGAGAAUAAUGCCGGAUUGGUAAUGACAACAAAAGCCAACAAAAAACAAAAGUGCAUCUUUUGAGAACUUUUGCACAUUCA